GCAGAGACGGCUCUCGGUUCAGUAAACCGGCGACUCGAGAACCGCACAGACCGAUUCGCGAACGAACAGUUCAGCUCGUGAACCUGCUUUGUUCAACCGACGCGUGAUAAAGAUCCGACUCAAAAGAACGAUUCGCCGAGGAAUCGGACGUCUCCGAGCGGAAAAGCGAUUCGAGCUUGGGCUGUCAACGUCCAUUUCUCUCCCGGAUCCCGUCGGCUCUCAUGUGGACGUGAACACAGCGAGGGAUUGGCAGCAAAGAGAUGUGUGAUGAAAACCAGUCCUAAAGCAGGGCAAGGCCAAUCAGUUACUAUGAGCAGUGAGCUCAGCGUGCCAAUGGGCUCCCCCGCUCCCGGGGGCUCGGAGCGGGUGCAGGAUGGCGGUGGGAUGGACUACAGGGAUUGGGUUCGGCGCAGCUAUCUGGAGCUGGUCACCUCUAACCACCACUCGGUCCAGGCUCUGUCGUGGAGGAAACUCUACCUCAGCAGGGCCAAGCUCAAAGCCUCCAGCCGAACCUCAGCCCUGCUGUCUGGCUUUGCCAUGGUGGCCAUGGUGGAGGUGCAGCUGGAGAUGCAGUACAACUACCCCCGGGUGCUGCUCAUCGCCUUCAGUGUGUGUACUACAGUGCUGGUGGCCGUGCACCUGUUCGCCCUGCUCAUCAGCACCUGCAUCCUGCCCAACGUGGAAGCCGUCAGCAACAUCCACAAUCUCAACUCCGUCUCCGAGUCUCCCCACGAGAGGAUGCAUCACUAUAUUGAGCUGGCCUGGGGCUUUUCCACCGCUCUGGGGAUCCUUCUGUUCCUGGCUGAGGUGGUGCUCCUCUGCUGGAUAAAGUUCUUGCCGGUUGACUCGGGGGAGCUCAAACAGAACUGCAGCUCUUCCGCCAGUAAGCCCAGCCACAGCGGCUGGCAGGCGGCUCUGGCCUCCACCAUCAUCAUGGUGCCAGUUGGAUUGAUCUUUGUGGUGUUCACCAUUCACUUCUACCGCUCCCUAGUGCGCCACAAAACAGAGCGGCACCAUCAGGAGAUCGAGGAACUGCACAAAAUCAAGGUGCAGCUGGACGGCCAUGAGCGAGGCCUGCAGGCGGUGUGAGAUCCGGGGAUGCUCUGAGCUUCGCGCAGUGUUUCAUCGCUUGACUCUUCAAGCUUACAAGCACAUUAAAACUCCUCCUUGAGUCUUUCGGGCUUCUUUUCAGUUUUCUUCUGAGAGGAAAUGUUUUGUUACCUGGUGGGAGGAUUGCUUGUGUAGAAACGGAGAAAGAUUUACAGCAUAAAGGCGCACGUUUACAAGAUGUCUACCACAAGGGCUAUUUAUUUAGUAUUUCUUUCAGCUGUAGGUCAUUUAGACUUUGUGUUAAGUGCCAUUUUCUGUUUUCAUGCCUCUAAAAAUGCAUAUCACAGAGCGGUUUGCUUUUAAUAUCCUUUGCCUUUUCUCUUCCUUUUGCAGUGCCAUACUGAAUCGGUAGUGUGCCACAGAUAAUGAGACCAAAGGAGUUGGUCUUGGAUCCAUUAUGGAUCAGAGCUGCCAGAGUCACUGCCAGAGUAUCUUUUAACUGCAAUAUCCAGCUUUUAUAAUGUACAUGCCUGUUUGAGCUUCAGUUUAAAGCGAUAGCUCAAUGAAAAAUGAACAUUGCAAUGAUUAAUCGCCCUCAUGUUGUUUCAAACCUCUACGGCUUUCUUUUGCACAAAAGAAGACUCUUUAAACCGAUUUUGUCCAUACUGAGAAGGUCCGUGGUUUAAAACAACACCGAUCUUUGUUGUCAUUCACUUAUGACGUAUAAGAAGGUGAUGACGCUUGGGUGAGUAAAUGACCGAAUGUUCAUUUCUCUUUAAGAAAACAAAAACCACAAAAAAAAGGUGAUGCACCCCACGUAUAGUUUGUCUGUGUUAGUAGUGGAUCUAUAAUACUGUAAUCUUCUAGCCUGCAGAGUUCUCAUCCCAAACAAGGAUUCAUCUUAAAUCUGUUACAGAAGUAUCGCUCGUACUAGGCCUAUAUGUAGUGCAGUAUUUUUAGCUUGGGUGUGAAAUCUAGACGCUUUAGCCAGACUCACUGCGCGCUUGUAUUUCAUUGAAGGUUUUGCAUGUGUGUUAUAAUGCACUUGUCAAGCACAGAGGUGGGGGUUUUCUCCAUAUUUCACACAAGGCCUAUUGAAUGUUAUUCCUGUGGGCUACUAGAAGUUUCCAUUGUCGUUGUCAAUAACCAGGGUCAAUGAUGGUUUGCGCCAAUAAAUGACUUGGGCACAGUUAGUUAUACAAAUACUUGAGAAAGACAAACUGUUUAAUGUGAACCAAGUUGGCAGUUCUAUCGUCAAAGCUCAAAAAUAAAGUCUGAUAUUGAAGACUAUUGGAGGGAAACAUUCCAGGGGGAAAAGAAGUCGGACCAAUUUCUGCCUGCCUUAAAUAAUUAAACUGACAAAAGUGCACUUGUAGUAUAGUCCAUGGAAAUGAGCUGUCUGUCUGCUGUUGGUCAUUCAAAACACAAUUAUGGUUUGCUGCUUCAUUUCAUGCCUUAAGCAUUAAUUUAAUAGAGUCAGUUCUGUAACAAGGCAUAUUGAAGCUCAGACAAGUGAACUUGACCAAAAUUGUGUGUACUCUGCUUGUGGGGGCUUUAAAAUGCACUUUUCUUUUCGUGUGUGUGGAAAAAUAACGUUAAUGUCAUUUCUGACGGUCCUGUUGCAUUGUGCCACACUAUCAAUAGAUAAACGCAUAUCUAGUGUGAAAUGUUUUUACGUCUAGAACAUGUAGCCGACUAUUAUUGAAAUGUUUUGUUGAGCAUGUCUUUUCACACUCUGUCUGUACCUGUAUGUUAACUUAUGUCAAAUAAACACAACCCUAUUUUGUUUACUUCA